GGUGCACCGCAGUCCGCGCCGCGCCUCGCGCCUCAUCGCACCUCUAGCAUGUGCCGCCAUGGAAGACUGUGACUUGAGUCAGUACCGCGACAUGAUCAUCGAGGGCGAGCUGCCGCUGGACCUAAGGCCGCCCCCACGGCUGUUCCUGCCUCACUACCUGCGCGAACGUGACGACUUCACCCCCGACGACACCUACGUGUCCGUUGACGAGGAGCCCGACUUGCCGCCGCCGUCCGACUCCGAGCGCUACGACGCGCCCAGCCCGAAGCCCGGCUCUCCAAAAAAGCCCAAAUCCAAGUCGUCGUCCCAACUCAUCAAACCGCCUUACUCCUACAUCGCGUUGAUCACCAUGGCGAUACUACAAUCGCCGCACAAGAAGCUGACGUUAAGCGGUAUCUGCGAGUUCAUAAUGACCAGGUUUCCAUACUACCGUGAUAAGUUCCCCGCGUGGCAGAACUCGAUCCGCCACAAUUUGAGCCUCAACGAUUGUUUUAUAAAAAUCCCGCGGGAGCCGGGGAAUCCGGGGAAGGGGAAUUAUUGGACGUUGGACCCGCUGGCGGAGGACAUGUUCGACAAUGGGAGUUUUUUGCGCCGUCGGAAGAGGUACAAGCGUCCGGCGCCGUCGCUGCAGCACGCUCACGCGGUGGUGGCGAUGCUGGCGCGGGAAGCGUACGCGCCUCUGCUGCCGCUCCCGUGCUACUUGCCGCCGUCGCCGCUGCUGUCGUUGCCGCGGCCUCCACCCUCCACCCUGCGGCCGGUGCCGCUGCCGCCGCGCCUGUUGGAAACGACGGACACACGCAAGCGGUCAAGAAAUGGCUUCUCCAUCGAGUCCAUCAUCGGCUCACAAGAGAGUCCUGGAUCAGAGCCGCGUCGCAGCGCUUUCUCGCCAUUGCACUCCGCGCCGGACGACUGGGCGAGAUGAACGUUCAUAAACGGGUGCGUUUCUAAUCUUAAUCCAUUUUAGAACGUCCCGACGGACAUUUGUGUGGUUCACGGAAUCGGAAAGAUUUCCGGUGUGAGACAGUUACCGGUAUUAUUGCGCGGCUGAUUCGUUUGUGUAGUUAUACUAAUUCGUAAUAUGUAACGGACUUUGUGAAAAUGUACGAUUGCGGGGAUGUAUAUUAAUAAUUCGAUUAUUUUUGAUUUGAUUAAAUCUGUCGAGGAUGCCGGCGCUUGCGUAUUUUUCUAUGUGAACGAAUCAUGUAUAAAAUCCGAGUGACUCUUAUUUCAAUAGUGGAUUUCUACGGUAUGUUUGGAAAGAUAAAAGAAAAUGUAAAAAUAAAUAGGUAUUAUGAAUUUCGUCCGUAAAAUAAAGUACGUACUUAAGAUAAAGAUAACACGCCAAAAAUAAUUUAGCAACGAUUUCGUAAUGUGUUUUUUUUAGUUUCUAUGGUAUCUGACGUUAUUUAUAGCCCAAUAAAUAUUGCUAUUCAAACAAACAAAUCUACCUAUCUACAUUUUGUUGAAUUCUUUGAUACAAAUGCAUAUAGGUUCUAAUAACUAUUUGAAGCUAUCAAUUAAUAUUAAUUUAUUUUAAUUGUUAUUUUAAUUGAAAAUUAAGUUUGGUUUUUGUUUUUAUAAAUAUUUGUGCCAGAAAUAUCGAUGCCUGUGUAUAAAUGAUAAAAAUCUAGUCAUUAUUUGUACAGAUUAGUUGCAAAGUAUAAUAGUGUAAAUAUUGUGUAAAUUUUGGUUACAUUUAGCUAGGAAAUAAGUAGAUAUCGUUCAGUAAGGACUACUUUGCCAUAAAACAAGCUGUAUUUAUUACGUAGAUUUAAUUGUAGCAUAUAUUUUUGUGUAAUUAUUACCAAUAAGAUAAAAAAUAUAUAACUAUAGAACAUUA